AUGCCCUACACUGUUGCGAGAAAGCAAAGGAGUAAAAUGACACUUCAGGCCCAAGAUGAUCAAGCCGAAAGUGGAUCUAUAGAAAGCAAGAAGUGCAUCCACUGUGACAGGUUUUUAGGAAGCCGUCCUUCUGGCAAUUGUAAUUGCGAACGUGCCGAGUCUGAAAAUCAGCCACAUUUGACAGAGAUCAAAAACUAG